UUUUCCUUUUUGCAGAGGAACCAAAAGACAUGGAAAUAAUCUAUGAAGACAUAAAGAAUGUGGAGCAGACAUGGGAUACAAGUCCUGUCAUACCAGAAAAAAAAAGGAAAGCUCCACUGUGUACUCUGCUUCAUCUGGUGGCAGCAGGUUUGGGGAUUAUCUGUGUCAUCUUGGUGACGGUCGUCAUCACCCUCAGUAUUCACUUCAACACAGUUAUGUCAGAGCAGUACAGAGAAAACACCAACUUGACAUCCCAAAAUCUGCAGCUGUGGACAGAAAAGACCAAUUUAGAGAGACGGACAGAAGAGCUGACCAGAGAAAAAGACGGAUUAAACUGGACCAUCAGCGUAAUCCUGGAACAUGAUAUGUUCCAGGUGACUGCCCACUGCCCACAGAAAGUGUGUAAACCUUGUCUGGACGGCUGGGUCCAGUUUCAGUUGAGCUGUUAUAGGUUUUUUGAUAACUAUUGGAAGAGUUGGGAGGGAAGUCGUGACAAAUGCGAAGAAAUGAAGGCAAAUCUGGUGGUGAUUGAAAGCCAAGAGGAACAGGAAUUCAUCAAUAACCACACCAAAGUGGGUGAUUAUGAAGAUUAUGGCUAUUGGAUUGGCUUGAGCAGCAAGGAUGUGAUGGGCAAGUGGAUGUGGGUCGAUGGAAGAAAUGUCUCUGUGAUGUACUGGAGGACACAAGAACCUCUCCACGGAGUAGCUUGUGCUCUUACUCUGCCACAUGCAGCUCCUCUGGCCAACUGGAACAAAGCAAACUGUGACAAGAGGAACCAAUGGAUCUGUGAAAGGAAAACCUUGAUCAAAGAAUCAGCUGCACAAUCCAAAUUGAUUGUUUAACGUUUAGGAAAUCUAUCUAAGCUGUUUGUCGGUUAAAACGGAUGGUGUUUUUCCUGUUUUUUAAAGAUGUAAGCACAUUUUUUUGUCUUUUUCUAAUGUAUGUUCUAAUUUAAAGUAUCCAUUUCUACAAAUGUUGCACAGUACACAUCAUCUUUGAGUUACAUAUCAGGCUUGAAUACUACAAAUAAGAAGAUAAGAAUGCAAACUGAAUAAUCAUCUAUCUACUUCUUGUUAUAAUAUCCUGUUUAUAUUCCUUGGACAUACACACUGAGUAGCCACUUUAUUAGGUAAACCUGUACAUACAAUCUGCCAUAAAUGUUAUCUUUACUACAUAGUUUAUAAUGUUCAGAGUUUGUUUUGUCUUUUUCCUUUUUGUUUUUUACACACAGAGGUUUUAAUUCAACUAUAUGUUUUGCACUUUUUACUAAACUGAACUGUAAUCUGAUAAUGUUUUUUGUUCUGUGUGUAAUGGAUUACAGUCAGCUUUUUUUCGUAUCCUGUAAAUGUCUGCAAGAAAGCGUUUUGCAAGCUGCAGUUUGUCAAGUGUUAGGGGGAAGAGGAACAUCUACCCGUUUGUUUUCCAUGGGGUCAUGCUGUGAGCUAACUAACUGAACACCAUUCAUCUAUGUAUUUGGCAAUCUGGUAACAAGAACAGGCUGUGAAAUGUAUAGGAGAAACUAUGAUGGCCACGAAAACAGCGAAAAGCGCAAAAGGCCCAAUCUACAGUCAGUAUUUGGUUUGUCCGUUCCGGGCUACUGUAGAAUCACAGCAGCUCGAUUGUUAUUUUCAGGUGAUAAUACACAAAUGAAAACAUACUUAACUUUGAAGUAUAAUUAUGUUCCAUUUUUCACAAUAUCUCUUGCUAAAUGUUACUUUAGAAUGAGCCAUUUUUAUCUACAGACACCCCACGGGCCGCCUUCCAUUGAGGCCACCAUGUUUCUACAGCAG